GAGACUCAUAGGAGGGAGGGGAUAGAAAAACAGGGAGUGUGAUAACAGUGCAGGGAACACCGCUGGAACUCCGACAGUGUGUUUCUGUGCAGCCGGCUGCACGUUACGUUGGAACAACACCUGGAUUAUGACGUGCUGUACAUCGUGUUGACAUGGCCGCAGGUGGGAACCUCUUAGUAGGCAGUGUGCUGCAGAUGCCCGCCGGCUCUGAUGUGCAGGACGCAAUGAAGCGCAGGGUCUCCAACUCGGAGGAUCGGUCACGCCUCCCUGCUGCCCUCUCCUGUCUAAAGAGUUCAACAGAAACAGGUGGAGACAUGAGGCCUAAUUCCCAACAGCACACUGAUGGCCUCCCUGCUGUCACUCAUUCCAGCAACCAGCAGCCCACAGUCAGCCAAGGCCGUUCCAUCUCCAUAUCCGCGAUUCCGUGUUGGAGUGACAACCAACCUUACGUACCGACUGAGGAAAUGCUCGACGCCUUUUCGCCGGACCCGAGCACUCCCUACAGAAUCCGAGCUUCUAAGAUACAAACAGCCAAAACGGCCCGUACGCCUCCGCCGCAUUCCCGUAAGCUGCUGCAGCUCCUGCCCAUCUCCAUCGGACCGGCACGCAGCAAGAGUCACGAGUCACAAGUGGUGAACCGCACUGAGGAGCCUGCUAACCACAAGGCCAACAAGAAGAACAAGGCUGUGGCUGCUAUUCAUCUCAAUGGGAACAGUCUUGAGGAUUCCAACUUGCGUUCACCCCUGCUGUCUGCUCGCACACACGGCCCUGUGCCUGCAUCAGCCCCAUACACAAUGACUGCUGCCCCAACAUCCCUGGACAACCUUAGCGUACACAGGAGUUCACCUCAGACACUGAGGCGAGAUAUUGGCUUGGCUGUUACACACAGGUUUUCGACGAAAUCGUGGCUCUCCCAGACAUGCCAAGUGUGUGGCAAGAACAUGAUCUUUGGCGUCAAGUGUAAACACUGCAAAUUAAAGUGUCACAACAAAUGCACCAAAGAUGCUCCCUCUUGUCGGAUAUCAUUUCUCACAUUGCCAAAGAUGCGAAGGGCAGAAUCGGUACCAUCGGAUAUCAAUAAUCGUAUUGAUCACAAAGCAAAGAUUCCACUGCAGUUUGGCACGUUACCAAAGGCAAUAACCAAAAGGGAACGUCCUGUCCAGCUUGACUCCAGCAGUAACCCAUCGUCAGCCACCUCCUCCUCACCAUCCUCUCCAGCACAUUCUCAGCAAAGCAACCCACCCAGUGUCAGCACCACACCCCCACUCAACACAUCUCCGCAGGCUUCCAAGGACGACAACUUCCGCUUCCCAGAUGUUCCUGAUUCGAAGAAUAAUGAUAGUCAACAGUCUGACAGCUCCAACGACUCCGGAGUAUCACAGACAGCCAUUACUGAGACGCAGCUAAAAGCAGCCGAGGAAGACCAGAAGGCAGAGGAGGAUCUUCCUGCUGGACAUGACCAAGGAAAGAGCUUCUCCAAUGAGGACUUUGAUGAAGACGGGCUGGAAGAUCUGCCCUCUUCCACCUGUCGUCGUCGGACCGUAGGGCGCUGGAGGGGAGGCAACAACCGAAAGGCCAGUCAGACCAGCGUCUACCUGCAGGAAUGGGAUAUCCCGUAUGAGGAGCUGCAGCUUGGAGAGCUUGUAGGAAAGGGUCGUUGGGGGAAGGUGUUCAGGGGUCGCUGGCACGGCGAGGUAGCCAUUCGCCUUGUGGAAGUAGACGGCAAUAACCAGGAGCACCUGAAGCUUUUUAAGAAGGAGGUGAUGAACUACAGGCAAACUAGACAUGAAAAUGUUAUCCUGUUCAUGGGCGCCUGCAUGGCCCCACCUCAUCUUGCUAUUGUCACCAGUUUCUGUAAAGGGGUGCCUUUAUACUCUUUUGUAAGAGAAAGGGGUCAUUUGUUGGAUAUCAAUAACACCAGACAGAUUGCACAAGAAAUUGUAAAGGGAAUGGGCUAUCUGCAUGCCAAAGGCAUCGUUCAUAAAGAUCUAAAGUCUAAGAAUAUGUUCUAUGACUCCAACAGAGUAGUUAUAACAGAUUUUGGUCUAUUUGGGAUGUCUGGUGUGGUACAAGAAGGCAGAAGAAAGAGUGUGCUGAAGAUACCCCAAGGGUGGAUCAACUACCUGUCACCAGAGAUUGUUCGCGUGAUGAGCCCAGAAGUUGCUGAGGACCAGCUGCCUUUCUCGAAAGCUGCUGAUGUUUAUGCUUUUGGUACAAUCUGGUAUGAGCUGCAUUUCAGAGACUGGGCAAUCACCAACCAGCCUGUGGAAGCGCAAAUCUGGUUAGUGGGUAGCAAUGAGGGCAUAAAGAAGGUGCUGGCAGAUGCCAACCUGGGCAAGGAAGUUACGGAGAUCCUUUCUGCCUGCUGGUCUUUUGAAAGAGAGGACAGGCCGACCUUCACCCAGCUGGCUGGUAUGUUGGACAGGCUACCGAAACUGAACCGUCGGCUGUCCCACCCUGGACACUUCUAGAAGUCUCCUGAGUAUGUAUCAUAGAAAGUGGGACUCCAAGCAACAACCGACAGCUUCACUCCCACUGAUACAGUACAGAAAAAGGGAUUAUGAAACAGAAGGAAAAGUCACUUUUUUUUUGUAAAGAAAAAAAAUGAUUUUGUAAAUGAGAACUUUGACAAAGCUGUCUUGCAAUAUGUUGUUCAUAUACAAGAAGUGACUUUUUACUGCCGCGUUUGUAACUUUAAGAAGUGAGAUGCAAUUCUUCCUUUUAUGGUGUGGUAUGAUUUUUCACUGCUUAUUUCUUUUCAUUUUGUGAUGUCCGACUUCUAAAUAAUACCGGUAUUUCUCUUCA